GAACCGGAAGCAGUCGUUCGUACGUUGUUGCUAACUCGCUAACGUCUCAUGUUGAACUCUGUCGAGCAGCUAAAAUGAACAAACUGAAUAAACCUCAGGAGUUUGACUCGUAUGAGAUCGAGGAGCCGAGUGAUGAGGAGCGAGCUGAGAGCAGUUCGGAGGAUGAGCUGGACAUUCUGCUGAACGGGACGCCGCAGCAGAAGAAGAAGCUGAUCAGAGAGUAUCUGACGGGGGAGAGCGAGUCGUCCAGCGGGGAUGAGUUCGAGAAGGAGAUGGAGGCGGAGCUCAGCUCCACCAUGAAGACCAUGGAGGGAACCUGGGCGCCAUCAUCAGCAGAAACCUCGGGAGGAGGAGGAGGAGGAGGUGGUCCUGGACUUCCUAACCCUCAGAUGUAUGAUGAGGUGUAUUUUGACUCUGACUCAGAGGGGGAGGACACACCAGGCAGCUCCACCGGCCGGAGGCAGAGACAGCGGGUCAAAAUGACCAACGACGAGCUGCUGUACGACCCCGACGAGGACGACAGGGACCAGGCCUGGGUGGACGCCAGGAGACAGUUUAACAGAAAGCCAACAGCUGCAGGUUCUCGCUCGCAGCCUCGUCAGUCUCAGGGUUUACCAAGCAGCGACGCCGUCCUUAACUGUCCCGCCUGCAUGACGACGCUCUGCCUGGACUGUCAGAGGCAUGAAAAGUACCGGACGCAGUAUCGCGCCAUGUUCGUCAUGAACUGCGCGGUGAAGAGAGACGAGGUGCUGCGCUACAAAACCCAGACGGAGCUGAAACAGAGGAGGAGGAAGAGGAGGAGGGGACAGAGAACAGACACGCCGCUGGACAAGACUCCCGACCCAACGCCGGCGGGGAUGGACGCCGAUGAGAUUUACCACCCGGUGCAGUGCACAGAGUGCUCCACUGAGGUGGCCGUGUUCGACAAAGACGAGGUCUACCACUUCUUCAACAUCCUGGCCAGCCACUGCUGAGACAGACACGCAGACUGUUUGUUUUAUUUCAUGGGUUUGUCUCUGAGUCUUCAGCUCACAGCAGCUUUAUCAGAAGGAUGAUGACCGCUUCUCUCUGACUGGAAGGGAGGAAUCACUCUGUGGUCGCUCUGAGUGAACCAGACUCAGCUCAUAAACACUCUGAAAUAACAACGUGUUUGGUCACUUCACUUAACGAGGAGAGAAAACUGCAGCAUGUUGUCUGUCUGUGACAUUUUUUAUCUCCCUUUAAUGUCUCACAAAAACUGGAAUCUGAGACCAGUGUUGCAGCUCUGAUGAUCCGUACUGGACUGAACACACAGCAGCUUGAAUUUUGAGACCGAUAUGGGUAGAAUAUUUGAGAAUUAAAAGGCUGGUUAGCAACAUAUUGACUAAGACCCAAUUUUUUUUACCUACACACUCAAACAUUUUUAAUAAGACUUCCUGUUAACUUUGCCUUGAGAUCAAUAUGUGGUUUGGUGCGGCGUCUGCAGUGAUGCAGGUGCAACACCAGAUUGAUGUGAAGAGGGAGCUGAGCCUGAAGGCGAAGCUUUCGAUUUUCUGGUCCAUCUACAUCCCAACCCUCACCUAUGGCCAUGAGCUCUGGGUAGUGACUGAAAGAAUGAGGUCGUGGAGACAAGCAGCUGAAAUGAGUUUCCUCUGUGGGGUGUCUGGGCUCAGCCUCAAGAUCCUCCCUGCUGCCCGCAUGAGCUGGCCCCAUAUCAGUGGGGUCAGUAUUAUUAAAUGUGUGUACACUGCUUAUGAAUGUUAGACAAAAGGGGGUUGACUUAAAAUGUUACUGGCCUGCUAAGAUUUUUUUUUUGAAGAAGAGUUGUGAGCAGGGUGUGUCCUCAGAGGGACAUUUUGCGGUUGUAAAUAAACUUGUCAGUGCUCUCUGUUGAACAAA